AUGUCGGACAAUGGUUCAAAAGACCCACCUAUACAAACGAUGAAUGGUAUGCCACCUAACCAUAAUCCUUGGUUGUAUGGUAUGUAUCCACAAUACAAUGGUUAUCACAGUGGUAUGUAUCCUCCGUAUUAUAACCAAUACUUCAAUCAAAUGAGCAACGGUACAGGAUUUCCGAACAGUGCUCAUCAAUUUCAUCAAAAUAAAGAUCAAAAGUGUGAUUUAAGUCAUCCUCAAUUUUCCAAACCACCACCUUCGACACCUUUACUUGGGAUGUCACCUCUCGAUACUAGCCGACCUUUUUUUAAUCAAGCGCCUAUAAGGUUUAAUCUCAAUAAUGUUAGAAAACCAGCACCCAUACCCCUUAAUGGUAAUCCUCUUCUUUCAAACAAUGGCCCUAAAAAGAAACGCAAAAAAUCUCUUAAUAACAACAAAGGACAUGAAGGAAACGUCGAUUCCGUUGUGUUGCCGCCAUUACCAGACCAUCCUCCACCGUUACCACCUUUGCCUCCACCAGAAAUCCCUAAACCUCCUCCCCCUCCACCUCUUGAUGUUCCAUUACCGCCCCCCUUGGCAACAGAAGAUAUACCUCAGCCACCACAACCAGAAGGGCAUGGCAGUGCCAAUCAAACUCAUGAAGUAAUGAAGGAUGAAAUUACUACUAAAAAUAACAACCCUUCCAACUUUUUGUCCUCUGGAUCUAUUUCAACUACUGCAGGCACUUGGCCUGAUAGUUUGGAGAGAUAUAUUAAAAGAUGCUAUGAGAAAUGUAAAUCAGCUUUUGACCGUGAUCAGAUUGAUAUAUGUUUAAAAGGAAGAAUAACAGCUGCUGCUAAUAAAGAUGAAAUAUGGACUAGGAAUUGGGAUGAAGAACCUAUCCCUAGUGUUCACAGUGAACGAAAUAAUUUGUCUGUUAAACCAGUUCGUGGUACCUUAAAUUUAUAUCAGAAGACUGAAAAUGUGGAGUCUCCUAAAAACAGAGGCCAUUUACCUGGUAGAGGUUUUAUUAGUCAUAAAAAUUCUCCCCAGAGGAAACGGCGCCCACAUUCUAGAAGUAGAUCUCAUUCUAGAAGUCCAAUCAGGAAGAGGCUCAGUGCUUCUUCUGCUUCUGGUGAUGAGGUAGAGGAAAAAAAAGUGUCCAAAGGCAAAAACCGACAAAAAGUUAAAGAUCGACUAUCUCUAGAUCAGAAAAAAACUGAAAAAUAUCAAAAAAGUUCCAAUAAAAAGAAACCUGCUUUUGAAUUUGUAGUUGAAGAUUUUCAGGGUAAUGCUGAGAGACUGCAGAAGAGGGCAGAAAGGUUUGGUAAUACACCUUUUGUUCCGUCUAUAGCAAGCUCUGUCCAGGGAGGUGUAAGGAGAGAAGAGCCAUCUGCAAGAAGACCUAUAAUACAGGAUACUGAUGGAGAUUAUGAUGUCAAUAAUGUGCACAUAAUUGGUACAUGCUUAGAUAUUGAGAAAUCCUUUUUGAGAUUAACUAGAGCACCGGAAGCAUGUGAAGUCCGCCCUCUAUUUGUAUUGAUUAAUUCAUUAAGGAAUGUAAAACAGCGGUGGAUAGAUCAUCAAGAUUAUAGAUAUGCUUGUGAUCAAUUAAAGUCCAUUAGACAAGAUUUAACGGUGCAAGGAAUACGUGACAGUUUCACAGUUGAAGUGUAUGAAACACAUGCCCGUAUUGCUCUAGAAAAGGGUGACCAUGAGGAAUUCAAUCAGUGUCAAACACAGCUGAAAAUGCUUUACUGUGAAUUACCUGAUUGUGCUACAAAUAUUUCAGAGUUUACAGCAUACAGAAUACUCUACUAUAUCUUUACUAAUAAUACUUUAGAUAUUGGCUCAAUGUGCAAGGUGCUUCCUAAAGAAAAAGAAUUAACAGAUGAGUGUAUGAUACAUGCCAUGAAAACUAGACAUGCUUGGGCUCUAGGAAACAUGCGUAGUUUUUUCUGUCUGUAUAAAAAUGCACCAAAAAUGGGAGGAUAUCUUAUGGACUGGUUUGUGGACAGGGAAAGAAAGAAGUACCUGAAAUACAUCAUUAAGUCCUACAGACAGACUGUUCCUGUGGACUACAUUGUUCGAGAGUUGGCGUUUGAGUCCAGUUCUAAGGCAUUAGAAUUCUUAAAUCAAUUCCCACUUUCAUACACUGGCGAUCAAUCUCACAUUGAUUGUAAAGCUAGUCAACCCGUCGUAGCGAGUCUCUAA